UUGUAUCACCCCCUAGUGGUAGGAAAGGGAUGUGUCGUAUUUACAGCGCGCUUGGCGGUGCAGAAACCGUAAAGCGAUUGAACGAAACACUUUCGGAGAGACAGGACUACUGCCUCUCGUUCACUCGAAUAGCUUAUAUCUUCUCAAUUCGAAUACAUAUCUGUAUCUUAGUUCCUAGUGCUCUCUGGACAGAAAACGCAUCACACCGCGGCAUUUUUACAUAGGAUAACUAGGCUACUCAAAGGUUAGCCUACAUCCAACAUCAUUUCACUUGAAUACGGGAUUAUUUCGACCCCCCUCCCCACCCCCCAAUUAGACGGGCGAUGGCAGUUACUACUUGUACACGUUUUACGGAUGAUUUCCAACUAUAUGAAGAGCUCGGAAAGGGAGCGUUUUCCGUGGUUCGCCGGUGUGUCAAACUCUGCACCGGCCAGGAAUACGCUGCUAAAAUCAUCAAUACCAAAAAGCUCUCAGCCAGAGAUCACCAGAAGCUGGAGAGAGAAGCCAGAAUCUGCAGAUUGCUAAAACACUCCAAUAUCGUUCGUCUCCAUGACAGUAUAUCAGAGGAGGGCUUCCACUACCUUCUAUUUGACCUGGUGACAGGUGGAGAGCUGUUCGAGGACAUAGUGGCCAGGGAGUACUACAGUGAAGCAGAUGCCAGCCACUGCAUCCAACAGAUCCUGGAGGCCGUGCUACACUGUCACCAGAUGGGCGUGGUACACAGAGACCUUAAGCCAGAGAACCUGCUACUGGCCAGUAAAUGUAAGAAUGCUGCGGUGAAGCUAGCUGACUUUGGCCUGGCCAUCGAGGUGCAGGGAGACCAACAGGCAUGGUUCGGUUUUGCAGGUACCCCAGGCUACCUAUCUCCAGAGGUACUGAGGAAGGAGGCCUAUGGUAAACCCGUGGACAUCUGGGCCUGUGGUGUGAUCCUGUACAUCCUUCUAGUGGGAUAUCCUCCAUUUUGGGAUGAGGAUCAACACAAACUCUACCAGCAAAUCAAAGCAGGAGCUUAUGACUUUCCAUCUCCAGAGUGGGACUCUGUGACUCCAGAAGCCAAAAACCUGAUUAACCAGAUGUUGACCAUUAACCCCUCCAAGAGGAUAACUGCCCAAGAGGCUCUCAAACACCCUUGGGUCUCCCAACGCUCUACAGUGGCAUCCAUGAUGCACAGACAGGAGACAGUGGAAUGCCUCAAGAAGUUCAACGCCAGGAGGAAACUUAAGGGUGCAGUCCUGACUGCUAUGCUGGUGACGAGGAAUUUCUCCGGUAAAUUUGGCAGACAGUCUACAUCUCCUGCAUCAAUCACUACGGUGCCUGGAACCACUGCUGGAAUAGUGGAGCAAGCUAAGAGUCUCCUCAACAAGAAGGCUGACGUGAAGACUAACAGCACCCGAAACAGCACCGUCACCAGCCCCAAGGGAGUCCCUUCCGCUGCACUGGAGCCUCAGACUACUGUUAUCCAUGUGGAUAGGAACAAGGAUUCAUCUGACAGCAACACCACUAUUGAGGACGAGGAUGUGAAAUUGCGAAAACAGGAGAUCAUCAAGAUCACUGAGCAGCUGAUUGAAGCUGUCAACAAUGGUGAUUUUGAGGCCUAUGCGAAGAUCUGUGACCCAUGUCUGACAUCUUUUGAGCCGGAGGCCCUGGGGAAUCUAGUGGAAGGCAUGGACUUCCAUCGGUUCUACUUCGACAACCUCCUGUCCAAGAACAGUAAGCCAAUCCACACCACCAUCCUCAACCCUCACGUCCACCUGAUUGGUGAGGACGCCGCCUGCAUCGCCUACAUCCGCCUCACACAAUUUGUCGAUGGCACGGGCCGCCCCCGCUCCAGCCAAUCAGAGGAGACAAGGGUGUGGCAUCGCCGGGAGAGCAAGUGGCAGAACGUCCACUUCCACUGCUCUGGAGCCCCAGCUGCCCCCCUGCAGCAGUGAACUGGUGGACUGAGAGCCUUGAAGGGAAGAGGGAGAAAGAGGGCUGUAGAUGGAGAGUGGGAAGAGAAGACGAUGGAAAGAGAAGACUGCCUCCCACCUCCCCCCUCGCCCUCUAUCACUACAGCGCUCCCUACUGGCCAGUGCAUGCUACUGCAGCUCAGCAACGCAUAACCUCAACCUGUCCUGGACACACACAGACACAGACACACACACAGACACACACACACACAGACAAGCUGCAGGAGCGACUCCUACACCAAUCAUAUCAUCCGUUAGGAACGCCUACAGACUCAAAGCCCCAGUCUGUCACCAGCCCCUCUCACUCUGCUACAGACCCACUCUGCAGGCACAAAUAUAGGAUCUACAGUUUACACUCACUUUAUUACUGUAUUUUUAUUUAUAUUAUUACUAAACUAUUGUUGUUGUUAUGAUUAUCAUUAUUAUUAUUGCCGCAAGUAAGUUGUUGUUGUUAUUGAAAACUGUACAAUCUCUUUAAUGUUCUAGUUCAUAGUCUUUAUAGUGCUUUAUGCCCCACCGUGAAGACGAGCAUGAUUUCUCCAGUGUUUUCCCCAGCGACUGUCGUUGUGACUCGUGCUGUUCCCGUGUAGCCUGAUUCAUGCCACGCCUCGGUGAGCACAGCCAGAACGCCAUUGUCUUCGCAAAAUGGCGCCAAGUUACAAAUUGCGGGAGAGUGAAUUUGGAUGUCUGCAUUUUCUUCACUAUGCAAACACGCUGAACGUCCAAUUUUCGCAGCUAGUAUGGAUUUUGUGUUGUGUAUUUGCAAAGGGUGUGAAUUAUGGUUCAUAAAGGCUUCAUGAGGCUUCAUAUGGUGUCAUUAGGCUUCAUGAGGCUUCUUCCCCGCUUGCUCUAUAAACCAACCAGAUGUUGCACAGCAGACCAGCUGGAUUAUUGCAGCUGUGUGUUUUUCUUCCUGUUUAGCCUGUCUUUUAUUCUGAAGUAUGGGAACAGUUGUGUGUUUUUCUUCCUGUUUAGCCUGUCUUUUAUUCUGAAAUAUGGAAACAGCCUAACUGACUGACUGUCUGCUGCCCCGCCCGCCCACCAGAGAAAGCGAUACAGCAUGUACUGUUCUAUAUUCUUGUUCUUAUAAUUAAUUAAAUGUCUGUUGAUCAUGGCAAAUAAUCACUGAGGAUGUGACCUUGCGUGGGAAAUAAUUACACACUAUAUUGUGCAACUACAGAUCAUUUGUGGUGACUAUAACCGCAUUUAUUUGCAUGAAAUUGAAACAUGGAGAUGCAUUUGGUGUUACUGUUUGUUACUGGAUGCCGGUGACUCCUAUGUGUUUUUCUGAACUUUGUAAAGUACAUCAGAGUAUUUUUGUCUUGAGAGCAGGGUGUUCUGUCAUUACGAUCAGGACGAAAACAGUGAUGAUGAGGAUUAAUGUUGGAUGCUGAUUGUAAUAUCCUUACGUACAGGCUCUACGGUUGUUUGGAGGGAGUUGUUUGGUCACUAGUUUUUCAUGUAGUUCUCGGUUUGGUUUGACGGUGAACCGAUCUGGUACCUGUCGUAGACUCCGGGGUCCCCAUUUAGAAAAUGUUCUUAAGUACAGAUCUGAUGGCAAAUCACAACGUAAUCCACAUUAACAAUGUGAUGGCGGUAUGCAAUAUACGCAGAUUUUGCAUGAAGUCUUGUGAUUUACAAAUGAGCAACGUGUUCUUUCAUGUGAAUAACUUUAUUUAUGGAUGCUGACAUAUUAACAGAAUUUUGUCUUGCUUGUAAGAAAUGUUUGUACAAUUGUAUGAUUGCAGAAAAAACGAAUAUAAAAACUAAGAACAUGUUAUAAAUGAGCCCUCCUGGUCCCGGGAAGCUAGAGGCUGCUCGUUCAGCUGAUCAUGUUGGUAGUGUCCUUAACUCCCGGUUGACUUGCCUUGCUGUCUGUCUAGCAGUGCACUUUAACAUAGGACCACUAGGGGGAGUCACUAAACACUGCACACUCUUAUCUACUAUGUUGGGUUGGAAGUUAAUUAAGCCUUGAUCUCAGGCCCUGGCAUGCACAUUAAAGCUACAGUCCUGGGUCGCUUCAUGCGUUUGUUGUUUUGCACCUGUUGAUUAUUGAAGAAUAGACAUACAUUUCUCAUGACCAUAGCGCAACUGCCCCCCCUUGGCCUGUUUCACUACAGAAUUUGUACAAAAAAUAUAUAAAGAAAUAUAUGAAGAAAUAUUUACCCCUGUCAAACGGGCAAAUACGUGUCCGUCCAUCGUUUUGAGAGUAGUUGUAUCUUUUAAGGAGCAACCGAUGGGUUCUCCUGAAGAGCGAGGCGAGGUGACAGUGAAGGCCCCAGUCACGUACAGGAAGGACCAGGCACUGCACGUCUUCCGGCAGUCCACCUGUGUCAUCUCAGUAACAGGAUCAGAGCUCAUCACGCCAGCUAAAUCCUUCAGGUUCAGCUCACUAAGACUGAUGAAAUGAUCCCACAAGACAAUUAAUGAAACAAAGACUGUGUGUGUGUGUGUGUGUGUUUUGCGUGCAUGUGUGUGCGCUCUGGUUGCAUAAAGACCAUCCCUCCAGUAUAAGUAGUAGAGUGCUGAACUUCAUUCUGAGUCUCAUUUCCCUGUUGACCAGUUUCUAAAUGUAAAACUAAUAUUUAUCUUCUUUGUUCUUCUGACAAUGAAUUCUGUUCUUCCAAUGAGCAUUCCUUGUGUUCUAAAACAAUGACCUGUGUUGAAGUGUUAACAAUAUGUUACCAAUAAAGGCACCUCCUUUCAUGGCAAAGAC